UCGCUCAUCAGCACAUUAGUCGUACUUCUUGCAGCAUUUGGAAACGAGGUCUGUGACGAUGAGGCAUACGGGUUCUUGAAACCAGAUGAUGUUGCUGAUGAACCCGUUCCUGUUAAGGUAGUGGGCGUCACCGACAUGGUUUGGGUAGUGGCAACUCAUCAAAAUUCUUUCUCAGGCUUUAUCGCCUCUACUGGCUUAACCUCCCCAUAUUGA